GCGCGUACACAGAGAGGCUCUGGGAUAUUAAAACAGGGAGCGCGCAGUUCAGAGAAGAGCCAGUGGAGGGGGCGCGUUUAAAAUAGAAACGAGUACGCGAGUCCUGCAAACUAAGAACCGAAACACAACCUUAAAACGAUUAAAAAGAAGAUAAACCAGAGACCGCCCCAGACGCCAUGAGCUCGAGGGCAUGCGAAUGAAACACCAGCAAUUAACUGCGAAAAAUAUACAAGACAAAAAUAUCUUGCAAUGAACUUUCAUGGGCAGAAAUGUUAAACACUCCGGCUGGUGGUAAAACGGGAAACGCAAAACGGGGAUCACUUUAAUACAGCGGAGACAGAAAACCGGUAAACAGACAGUGAUACUUGAUCGUGGAGAGUGCAGUAUCAUUUCAUUAAAGACGACACACGGCACCACACAACAACUGCGAAGAUGCCAGCGAAGCGUCGCUGUCAGCCGGCUUCAGUACCCGUGCUGAAACAAUCCGGGAACGAGUGCUUUAAAAACGGGCAGUACGGAGAGGCGGCCUCGUUUUACACACAGGCCGUCACCCUUCUGCAGAAAUCAGGUACGAACAGCCCGGAGGAGCUGAGUGUCCUGCUUUCAAACCGAGCAGCGUGCUUCCUGAAAGAGGGUAACUGCACUGACUGUGUGAAGGACUGUACUGCCUCUUUGGAAUUGGUUCCCUUCGGAGUAAAGCCAUUACUGAGACGUGCAGCUGCUUACGAAGCACUGGAGAGAUACAGGCUGGCUUAUGUUGACUACAAGACUGUUUUGCAGUUAGACUGUACAAUCAAAGCUGCUCACGAUGGCACAAACAGAAUGACACAGGCUUUAACGGAACAAGAUGGUCCAAGUUGGCGAGAGAAACUUCCCCCUAUCCCUACGAUAUCUCUAUCGGAUCGAGAGAGAUUGGCUGAAGCUGGUGCAAAAGCACAAGGUGAUCGCAUCUCUACAGCACAGCAAAAUGGCACCACAGCGAAAGUGGAUCGAGUUCCCAGCGCUGAAGCCGUAAAGCGUGCCCAUGCACUGAAGGAGGAAGGAAAUGCAUUUGUGAAGAAAGGGGAGCACAAAGCGGCUGUGGAAAAAUACACUGAAAGCAUCGAACUGAACCCCAAAGAGGUGACGACGUACACGAACCGAGCUCUUUGUCAUUUGUCAUUAAAAAAGUACCAGGAAGCAAAAAAAGACAGCGCAGAAGCCCUGAAGCUGGACCCUGGAAAUGUCAAGGCAUUGUACCGGAGAGCUCAGGCGCACAAGGAACUCAAAGAUUACAAAGCUUGCGUUGCAGAUCUGAAUGCUUUGCUGAAGACCGAGCCCAAGAACGUCACUGCCCUGAAGUUACUCCACGAUGUGCGAAAGAUCCAGAAGUAGUGUCUUAUUGUACAAGUGACUGGGUACAUGCAACAUGUACAACUGGUUUAGAUAAGAUUUUUUGUUUCUCGUUUAGCGGCUGUGUAGUUAAAUUUUAGAGCACUUGGUGGCAGGGCUGUCAUCCAAUACUUCAAUAUGUACUGCAUAGUGCAACCUUGUAUGAAUCAAGAAUGUGGUGGAGCUGUAUUUAUUACUCAAGAGCCUCAGCAAUUGUUAGAUAUUUCUGUCGUUCCAGUUACCGCUACUCUGUGCUUGCAUGUUUGAUAAGUUUACAUUUGGGUCACAUUUUUUGCAUUUAAGUGCAUACAAAAACACAACUUGGUUUUGUAGACAUGGCAACAGCGCUUUCAAAUGCUUUCCUACUGCAUUCAUAAAAAGUGUGGAUGCAGCGUUUCAGGUUUGUGUUCAACGGCCUGGCUAAAUCGGUGGUGUUAUAAAUCAGAAUGUGUUGAAAAUCCUCAAGGAAGGGAUACAAACCAGAGAUGUCUGUGUCAGUGAAAAAUACCGUGCUGUUCUCCAAUUUAGUAGCAUCGAUGAAUAGGAUAGCCAACCAUUUUGUUGGAUGAAAAAAUAAAUAAGUAAAAACCCAGCUAAAACUUACAUCUUUCUGGCUAACAAACAUCCUAGCAUUUGCUUAAAAUAUGUUGGACAGAACAUAUUUUCUGACUCUCAAUGUCCCAAGCACAUCUGCCAAGAUAUUUUGGGAUGUCCUUUGUCAAUGGGGGACUCUCUCAACUCAAAACAUUUGUAACUAGAUCCAUAUGCAUAUUUAAAUCCACCCCGAUUCUGACAAUUGUACUGUAAUUGUUGCAUCCAAAAAGCUGUAUUGCACUAUUCAUAGACUCAGGUAUAUGGAUGUAUGUUUACUUUUCAAAGUUGUGCUCUCUGUAUACAAUAAACUACUGUUGAAACUGAA